UCACACAAUUAUCAUUCUUUACUGAGUAUUUCUGUCAGAACUUUUUUUGAUGAAACCAGAUAGUGUUAAAAGGGAAGCAACAUAUAGAAAGGAUUAUUCCACUCUUAUUCAGUUUUUCUGCUGUAAAUGUCUGGCAUAAAGCAGCAUCAGUUUUUGUUAGCAGAUAUUUCUCCAACCACAAAAGCCAUUAUCAGAGUGUGAACACUUCUGCAGAAUAGGUGGACUCAUGUUUUUAUUGCUUUAUUAGUUACAAAAUCAGGUUAGGAGCGUCUAUAUAGCAGUAUCUUUGCCCUCAAACAAGACAAUGUGUAAGCUGCCAUACACGAGGAACUGCUGGAUACAACAGUUUAUUACCAGAUACACGGUAAGAGCACUGUCCAGGUAUUUAUUUAUAAAAAAAAAAAAUAUGUAUAAAUUAGCUGGAAUAGGGCAGGCAGUCUUGAGGUGCUUGCAGAUUAACCCUUCAUUUUACUGCACAAUUCUUCGAGGAUCAGUUUUUCUAUUGCUGGGCCUAGAGAUUUCUGAUCACAUUUCUGUGUAAGUGAUGAAUGCAUGCAGACUUUAUUCUGCUAAUAUUGAGAGAAAAUAGUCUGAAUGGAUUUUAACAAGCCAAAAAGUGAACUGAUAAUAUUACACUUUUACUGAUAGCUGAAAAUCCCAUCAAAUGUCUGUAGAAAUGACUAACAGACUUUCCAAUUCUGCAGAGCCAUCCAAUGAGGAAACAAGCUGAUUUAAAUAUGAAGUCGACUGCUUUUGCAUAAGCGUCAUGGACACUAUGAGAACCCUGAAUUAUUUGUCAGAUCUGAAAGAGACCAGGUUUGGUCAGCCGCCUCCCAGACACGGUCUGAGCUUGUUGUGGUGGUUUGCACAUGAUUGUGUUCAGAUUGAUUUCAACGGUCGUAUGACUGCAGAGUGCAACCCUACAAAUGGAGCGUUUGGUUUCCACCGAUUCCAUAAUAGGGAUGGACUGCUUCCUUACAGUGACCUGCCAUACUAUGAGGUGGGCAACCUGAGCUCCACUGAUUCACUGCCUGAUUAUGUCACUGAGAAUUACUCUGGAUAUUCAGACAGCAGCAACAAAGAUCGCAUUAUUGUUUCCUUUAACCCAAGGCGGAGAAGAUUUGAGAAUAUUUAUGUGACACAGCACUCAGAUCAGGUGAACUUUGACCAGAAUCACACCUACUGUAUUAGCACUGAACUCAUCAAAGACAUUCAAGACUUGAGCCGUAAAGAUUUCCUCAGAGGACGCACGAAUCGUUCUGAACAUAUAUCCAUAGACAUACAUAAGUCAGUGCAGGGAGAAACCUGUCAGAAUAUUAUCAAUGAACUCAUACAGGACAUUCAAGACUUGAGCCAUGAAGAAUCCCUCAGAGAACCCACGGAUCAUUCCACAGACAUACCCCAGUCAGUGCAACACAACCAGACAAACCCCAGUCAGAGUGAGAAAUGCUGCUGUGCGCUGCUUUGCUGCAGUCUGCUGGUACUGUUGCUCAUUAUUGCUGGUACUGCCUAUUUAUUGUUGAAAAUGGAAAUAUAGUUUUCAUUGUUAUUCUAGCUCAUUUUGAAACUGCACAUUGCAGUUUGUUUCCUUUGAGUCAGUUGCUUAUUUAGAUGAAUUGAUUGAAAUGAUUUAUUAGCACUUUCAUUAUUAUGCUGAAUAAUAUACAAUGUUGAUCAUUUACAGCAUUCUGUUUAAUGGUUCACUGCAAUGAUAUAGAUCAAUGUUAAGAUUUAAAAGGAACAAAUAUAUAUAU